UGUGAUCGUUGCGAGGCGAGUUUGUAAUCCGGGGUUUUUCCUUCGAGUCCGAGAAGAGUGGUCUCGGGUGCUUUCUGGGUCAACAUACGCACCCUCCCGCCGUUGUCAGAGUGUGCGGCAACACAGUGCACCGCAGAGGAGAAGUUGUACGAUCGAUCGUGUACUGGAAUUCUCACAUGGUCCAUCGCUACGGCUGAAUGUGACGAACACCGGUCUGCGAUAUUUGUCGAUUGUGUGAAAACCUGUGAUACCUUAGCAGCGACAGCGUUUUCACGCAUUUUCAUUCCGACCUAAUUUAUUUCCUCAUUCGAAUGGUGAACCUGUGUCCAAGAAGACUGAUCACGACUUCGUACUCGAAUCAAAGUUCAGUGCGUAAGGGAGCGCCAAAUAGAGCCACGUCAAUCAUCCUCGAGUAUUGAGUUUAAUUAGUUCAAGCGAGAAAAACUAAAUAUCCCACUAAGUGCGUGUAUACACAGAAAAACAGUGCAAUGUAAAAGAUAAACUUUACUUAAACCAAUUUGGCUAAAAAUAGUGAAAUAUUAUUUUUAGUCUAACAACACACUCACACAAUCGCACGCUUAAAAAUCUAGUCAGCAGGGAGUGAAAAACAAAAAAAAAACACGGGAGGAAAAUAAAAGGCCUGCUGAGAUCGCGUCAGAAGGAAAGGUAUUCGGUAAUCGGCUGCACCUAUCCUUCUGAGUAUCAAUAUCUCAUCAAUUUAGCAUGUUUCCACAGUAAACUAGAAAAAAAAUAGUAUUACAUCGAAGGAUUUACAAUUUGAGAAAUAAAAAAAUAAAAAUAACGAACGGACCCACCGCAAAAGCAAAUGCCCGACGAGAAGAAGAAAAACAAAUCAGUGUAGGCAAUACAUCGGGAAAAUUGUGUCACGUUGAUGAAAUGUAACGAAAAUAAAACAAAACAGCCCGUCUAGGCCAGAGCCGGAAAACAUUCUUAUGCGAGACGUUAAUUUUGAACCCCUCGCGGUGUGUGCGUCGUGCGUUUGUCACGACUUCUCCAAAGAAACAACGUGGUCGUCAUCAGUGCGUUGAGUGUCGAGAUAUUCAGUCGCGCAAGUUGUGAACUGAGGUUACUGAGUGAGGAGAGUGUUCGCGAACGUGAUGGGCUUGGAAGGGGUUCAACCUCGACAGAAUGGCUCCAACGGGCUGUACUCGUCAUCACUGCAAUGGUACUAUCUACCCAAUGUGGAUCAUCCGAACGACUCGAUACAGACCAAGUCGAAACUACUCCCACCCAUGUGGAGUCCUUUUCCGACAUCCCAGAGCUAUUCCAACGGUUGUGCCGACUCUGUUUCACCACUAGCGGACAGCAUCAACGAGUUGUGUGAUCAAUUCACCGAUCUAGGAUUGUUCGGAUUCGGUCGAAAUCAUUCAUUUUCACAGCAACAGCACCAGAAUCAGCUGGGAAGUCCCACCGGCUGCAGCAACAAUGGUUACUCCAAUGGACUGACCGGUUUGAGUGGAUUCGGGAGUGGUGCUAAUGGCGUUGGUGGUGGGAACAGAGUGAACGGAAUGUAUUCCGAUGGUUGCGUCACGGCCAAUCAUCCAUCACAUCAGUCACAUCAUCAUCAUCAGCAGCAGCAACAGCAUUCGUUGCUCACUUCGAAUAGUCAGCAGAACCAAAAGUAUAGCAAAAUUCCACCGGCAAAUUAUCUGUGCCAUUUGUGUUUCAAGAAGGGUCACUACAUUAGGGACUGUCCGCAGGCUCGACCAAAGGCCGAAGGGAAAACGCCCUACCAGGGCAAGAAACGUUGCUUCGGAGAGUAUAAAUGUCCAAAAUGUAAGCGAAAGUGGAUGUCUGGAAAUUCGUGGGCGAAUCAUGGCCAGGAGUGCAUCAAAUGCCACAUCAAUGUGUAUCCACACAAGCAGGUUAAUACAGUGCGACCGCUGGAAAAACCCGAUGGACUGGACGUGUCGGACCAGUCUAAAGUCCACCCGCAGCUGUUGUGCGAAAAGUGCAAAACUCUAGGUUACUACUGCAGAAGAAUUCAGUAGCGAUGGACCAAAUCGACUGUAGUACCUAUAGUGCAAUUCCAAAUGAAAUCGAACUAAAAAUGCAGAUUUUCAGCCCUAUUCUGUAUUCCGGCGGAUUUCAAUUCCGUAUGAAACCGUUAUUUCGUUCGAGUUUUAAUUUUGCAUUUCUUAUUUCGAACGUUUUGCCAGUUUAAUGUUCGAAGAGAAACAGAACGAACGAAAUGCAAAAACUACUCGAACGGAAUACAGAAUGGAAUUUUGUCAACUCAUUCAAAAUAUUUCGAAUCGAUCGAAAUACAGAAUAGGGGUGUUUAAAAACUUGUAUUUUUCACUCGAACGAAAGUUUGUAUUGGGUUGGAGGAAAUAUGAGUUUUCCACAGCAUUUGGGAAUUUUUCGACUCAAGUGAAACUUUUGAGAAGGGCGUAUCGAUUUUAGUAAGAGAAAUCUCGGAUAAUUUAUAUCCCAAAAACUAUGAGUCGUAUCGAAAUAGUGUCUUAAAAGGAGUAAUAGAGUAUUGAUGUUAAAAAAUAUAAAAAAAUAUACUCUGAGCAAAGAAAUUAGUACUCUUUUUUCAUUUACAAAAAAAAACUUUAAUUUGCAAUAACUAUUUUUGACGAACUUUGUGAAGCAUCGAUUUUUUAUGAAUUUUCGAAACAACGAAUUUUUGUAUGUUAACAAUCAUUUUUAGCCACAAAUCAUGAAUUCUGAUGUGGUUUAAAACAAAAAAGCUCUUUAUCAAUCUCCUUCUAAAUGCAGCCAUUCUCGAGAUAUUUAAAAAACAAUUCUAAUUCAUUGUCUUUUUUAUAGUAAAUAGGCUCUUUGAAUAUGUUUGACAUGUUAUACGUGUGUUCACAUGUUUCGAAAUUUAAUGAAUUUGCUUAUAAUUUUCAACAACUUUUGCGAAUACAUCAUUAUGGUAAAACUAUAUGUUUAGGAGUGUUAUGGGUAAAGUGACCAGAUGGCCAGAGGUCUAACGCAGGACACAAAAAACAAAACGUUAUAUAUAUAUAUAUAUAUAUACGUUAUGUGAACAUAAACCAUAGUUUAGCGAGUCUGAACUGAUCAGUAUUAUUUCUUUCUGAGUAUCGGCACUCAGUUGUGAUUUUUCGGUGGUUUAGAUUUUGUUUACGCCCGAAAAUCACUCGCUCAAUCAAAGCAUUUACGCCUGACAAGGUCGAUUUUAAUUCUCCAAUUUUCUUCAAAUAACCGAAUGGAGGCUGGAAAAUUCCAAUUCAUUUUUCAUUGAUUUUAGUGUUAACCUAUGCAUUAAAAAAAAUGGACUAAUUUCGGAUGGCGAUGAAAGAUAAUUUAUAGGAACAAAUUUUGUUUAAUCUUACCUUUAUUAAGUCUACAACGAAAAUGAUUCAAGGCUGUUGAUUCGCAGCAGCAGCACUGUCAAGCAACUUGAUGAUUUUUCUAUACUGAAAGCUCCACCCCACAGCGAAGGAGUUGGACAUCCUGAGGCACUUUGUGCCCGCCAAAUAUAGCCGAUCACCAGAUCAUCUCUUUGCCGCUCCUUAAGCCGGGAGAUCGAAGCAACCGGUCAAACGGUGGAGAAGAAUUUGGCCAAAAUUGACAUUUUUAUGCGGAAGCGGCAGGCAAUCACCCAGAAGGAGUAGCUUGAAGUGCUGGUGAAAAACUUCUUCCGGCGAAAGAAGUGAAAAACUUCUUUUCGUACUCAUAAUGAAAGACGAGACGUACUUGAUGCCAGAAUUCAACGAAUGGCAGGGGACCGGGUACUUUACGUUUCCCAGGUAAGCGAUGACGUCGAAUAUAUCAUUCACAUCAAGUUCUCGAAGAAGGUCCUUCUCUGACAGACGUGAAGGGAAUGUCCAAGCCGCUCUUCUUUCGAGUCGUAUGGUGAACGGGGAGAUAUAUAGUACGAAGUGCUUGCCGGAGUUGGGAAGGUGAUGUGGUCUUUAUGCCGAACCUGGGAUCAACCCAUUAUGCCAAAAGAUCACUGGAGGAUGGAGCGGCUGGAGAUAAACAUUGUCGCGAAGACCACCAACCUUCCCAACAUUCCCGAGCUGCGCCCGAUAGAAAACAGACGACCACCAAAGCCACGACAAGGUAAAAUAACACGCCGAUAUACAUCUUUUCAUCGGCCAUGGUUCAGGUUCCGGCCAACUUCCGUAAGACCACCCAGCGCUUCAUUUACGAUACUUCAUCAAACAACUCUGCCUCUUCCUGUCGAGUGUACACUAGUUCUUCCGGCUUAUUUAAAACGUUAAGCUCUGACCGAGCUAGGGGACCAAGGAUGAAGUUUUGGUCUGACUCACGUUGGUCCCUGCGGAUCAUUUGGGGACUUUUAUGAAAAUCUUUUUCCAAUUUUAUUGCUUUAGCUUCCAGUUGACACUCUCUAAACAAAAAGCCCAAUGUCGGUGCGAUAAAACCAGCUCAACGUAUUAAUCUUUGGAUGAUUAGAAGUGCUCUUGAACAGUCUGCCAAAUGAAUGUUUUUUUGAGGUUUAUCCAUUUAAGAAAAUCAACAUGAUCAAAUUGUGAUAUUGAAAUAUAUUGAUAUCGCGGGACAUUUUCGUUUCUUUUGCCAAAUGCGGGAGGUUUCGCGGGACGGAAUCUUACGCGGGAUAUUUUGUUGAAAUGCGGGAUAGUCCGACGUCUGGGCAGUUUAAUUAUGGGGAAUUUAGGGGGCAAUAAUUGUUUAUAUGGUGGUUUGACAAUCUCUCUCUAAAGGCAAGGGGGCUGCCAUACAAAUGAAACACAAACUUCUACUUAACUCGAGAACUAAUCAAUGGAGCCAAAUUUGGGAUGUGAGGGCUUUUGGAUACGAGAAAUGUUUCUAAGAUGGUAUCACAAACCCCCCCCCCCUCUCAGGAAUGGAGAUGAGGUCCCAUGAAAAAUACACAUAUUUCAACGAAAUAUAUUCCAACUAAACAUGACAAUUGAAAAUUUUCGGAAAACUCUGAAGGAAAAUGGGAAAAUCAGGAAAAUUCAAAUUCGCUUAUGUUUUACAAUUACAUAGUGACAAACGUUGUUAGUCCAUUUAAUGUUUGCGUUAACGAAAUUGAUUUUUGUACGAAAGUGGAAAUGGAUUUUAAUGUGAUAAAACACACUCUUAUAUCGUCUUCUAUCUAUAUAAAUAAUAAUGGAUCGCCGAAUGUCUUGAUAAGAACAAAACUCGAGAAAGGUCUGAUUUAGGACUGUCUUUAUUCUAUCAUAUUUUCUGUAUCAAACAUUUAUUCCAUGUAACGGAGAAACACGUCAUUUGCAAGUUGUUGAAAAAUCUUCGAGAAUUGUGUCUGAAAAUAAUCUGAUAUUAUAAUGAAGAGUUUUGGUAGAAGUACCAGGAAAUUUAUAGUAAAAGGUAAUUUUCAAGGGUAGAUUAAAAGUUCAAUCAAUUAACAGUUCUGCGAUUGGACCCAUGAACGUGGGCUCAACAAGAAAACGUGAAUGUGAUAACGAAAAAUAAAUUUUGGACGGAACGAAGUUUGCCGUGUCAGCUUGUUUACUAUAAAAAAGACAAUAAUUUAGAAAUAUGUUUUUAAGUAUUUCGAGAAUGACUGCAUUUAGAAGAAGACUGAUAAAGAGCUUUUUUUUAUUUUAAAUCACAUCAGGAUUCAUAAUUUGUGGCUAAAACUGAUUGUUAACAUACAAAAAUUCGAAGUUUCGAAAAUUCGAAGUUUCGAAAAUUCUUAAAAAAUCGAUGUUCCACAAAGUUAGUCAAAAAUAGUUUUACCAUCUUGGACUCAUUUUUUAAAUUUUCUACAUGACUUCUAUUUUAUAUGAAAACAUUAAAAAAAAAAUAAAAAAUAUGUGUUUUAGGUAUUGCAAAUUAAAGUUUUUUUUU